AUUCGAUACAUUUCGAUAUUUGGAACGAGUGCAUUAUUGCAUGAGUGGUCGGAUGUCGGAUCGGAUCUAAACAUAUCUAAGCAAGAUGGAUAGGUGCUAAUCUUCAGUAAAAGCAUUCUACUGUCAAUUUUUAAAGAAUUUUGUGAGUUAUACUCUAAUUCGUAUCAAAAUUCGUUGGUGUUAAGUAAAAAAUAAGAAAAUGUUGACCGCUGCUGCAAAUUCAAUAUCAAAUAACGGAGGAUCUUACAGUAAUGACAGAUCGUCAAGUACUGCGGAUCCAGAACUCGCAACUGAUCCCGCUUCUGGAGGAUUUUUUCACUCUGAUUAUAAAAAGCACGAUGAUUUGAAACAAAUGUUGGAUAGUAGUAAAGAUGGACUUAAGCUGGAAGCUAUGAAGCGUAUAAUUGGGAUGAUAGCAAAAGGAAGAGAUGCAUCAGAAUUAUUUCCUGCUGUAGUAAAAAAUGUUGUAUCAAAAAACAUUGAAGUCAAGAAAUUAGUUUAUGUGUACUUAGUCCGUUAUGCAGAAGAUCAGCAAGAUCUUGCACUGUUAUCUAUUUCUACAUUCCAGCGAGCUUUGAAAGAUCCUAACCAAUUAAUAAGAGCCAGUGCAUUAAGGGUACUUUCAAGCAUACGUGUAUCUAUGAUUGUUCCUAUUGUAAUGCUUGCUAUUAAAGAUUCGGCUAGUGAUAUGUCGCCAUAUGUCCGUAAAACUGCAGCACAUGCUAUUCCUAAACUUUAUUCACUGGACUCUGAACAGAAAGAAGAACUCAUAAGUGUUUUAGAGAAGUUACUUUCUGAUAAAACUACUUUAGUUGUGGGUUCGGCAGUGAUGGCUUUUGAAGAGGUUUGUCCAGAGAGAAUUGAUUUGAUACAUAAGAAUUACAGAAAACUUUGUAAUUUAUUAGUAGAUGUCGAUGAGUGGGGCCAAGUUAUUAUAGUCAACAUGCUCACAAGAUACGCAAGAACACAGUUUAUUGAUCCAAACAUAGAUAACGUAGAAGAAGAUGAAAACCGCCCAUUUUAUGAUUCUGAUUCUGAUUCGUCGAACACUAAAAAGCCAAAAUUAUCAUUAGAUCCUGAUCAUCGAUUAUUAUUAAGAAACACGAAACCUCUUUUACAAAGUAGAAAUGCUUCUGUGGUAAUGGCAGUGUCUCAAUUAUACCAUCAUACAGCACCACGAAGUGAAGUCAUAACUGCUGCUAAAGCACUGAUACGAUUACUAAGAGGGCAUAGAGAAGUUCAGAGUGUAGUUCUUCACUGCAUAGCUAGCAUAUCAAUUACCAGAAAGGGAAUGUUUGAACCAUUUCUUAAGUCAUUCUUUGUAAGAACUUCAGAUCCUACACAUAUAAAGCUUUUGAAGUUAGACAUCCUGACUAACUUGACAACUGAAACUAGUAUUGGAGUUAUACUGAGGGAAUUUCAAACUUACAUCUCUAGUAGCGAUAAAGAAUUCGUCGGAGCUAGUAUACAAGCAAUUGGUAGAUGUGCAAGUAAUAUAAAAGAAGUGACUGACAUCUGUUUAAAUGGGCUUGUUUCACUAUUAAGUAACAGGGAUGAGGCUAUCGUAGCAGAAAGCGUUGUUGUUAUAAAGAAACUUUUACAAACUCAACCAAAUGAACAUAAAAAUAUAAUAGCUCAUAUGGCCAAGUUAAUGGAUUUCAUUACUAUACCACAAGCUAGGGCAUCGAUAUUGUGGCUCUUGGGAGAAUAUUCGGACAGAGUACCAAAAAUUGCACCUGACGUUCUUAGAAAAAUGGCUAAGAAUUUUGUAAACGAGCAAGAUAUUGUAAAAUUACAGAUACUAAACUUAGCUGUAAAAUUAUGUCUGAAUAAUCCUACGCAGACCAAACCAUUUUGUCAGUACGUUUUCCAGCUUGCAAAAUAUGAUCAAAAUUAUGACAUCAGAGAUCGCGCACGUUUUUUAAAACGUUUUAUUCUUGACGAAGAUGAUCCAGGAAAGAAACUUCCACAACUUGCUAAAAGAAUAUUUUUAGCUCCAAAACCAGCGCCAACUCUAACAUCCAGGUUCAAAGACUCUGAAUUUCAAUUGGGCACAUUGUCACAUUAUCUGGAUAUGCCGUGUGCUGGUUACCGUCCAUUACCACCUUUCCCUGAUGUAGCUCCAGAACCAUCCGUAAGGGAUGUUCUCGGACUUAUUCUUGGUGGUGAUAUGAGAGACGUAAUGGAAGAAUAUUAUGGAAAAGAUAAGAAGGACAAGAAGGGAAAAGAAAAAGAAAAACCCUUUUAUAGUGACGAAGACAGUAUUACAGGAGAUGCUUUAGCCAACGAAAAUGAAUCUUCGGAUACCUCGUCAAGUGAUUCUUCAGAUGAUGAUAGUGAUUCGUCUGAAUAUACAUCCAGCUCCAAUAAAUCAGAAAAUGAUGGCGAGAAAAAGAAAUCAAAUAAAGGGUCAGAUGAGUCAAAUAGCGAGUCUGAAAGUGAAGAAUCAAAUUCAGAAGAAUCAUCUGAAGAAUCUGAAGAGGAGAGUGAAGCAGAGAAACAUAAAGCUUCUAAGCAAGAUACAAAAGAAAAACCGAAAAGUAACAUCGAUCUUCUUCUGGACUUAGACGAUGUUAUUCCCAUGACACCUGUGAUGCCAUUAAGUACUGGAAGUCUUCUUACUCCAAUGAAUUCAAACAUUUCUAAUGAUGUGAGAGAAGUGACAUUAUCGUUUAUUCCAACAAAAAAGUCUGAAUUGUUAAAUAGUAUUACAGGUCAUGGUUUAAAAAUUGAGUAUAGGUUUACAAGAUCACAGCAUUUAGUAAGCGCUCAUUUAGUUAGUAUUGAAUUAAUAUUUUCUAAUGAUGGUGGCAGUCCUAUCAAAGAGAUUCAUAUGGGAACAAAGAAUGUACCAAAAGGUAUGCUUUUACAUGACUUUACACGAAUAUCACUGUUGGAAACAAACUCAAAUUUAUCCUCUACAUUGGGUAUCAAUUUUAACGACUCCACUCAACCUGCAAAUUUUAAUAUUGACUUUACAAUUGCUGAAGAAACGUAUUCGUGGCCAGUAACUAUUAAAGCACCAAUUGGAGAAAUCAUACGGGCAGUACUUAUACCUGAUGACAUGUUUGUUACUGAAAAAGCAAAACUAAAAGGUAUGAAUGAACAUACAACAAAAGUGCAAUAUACAGGAAAUAAAAAAAAUAUUCCUCAAAUGAUUUAUGAAGUAGCAAAUGUUGCAAUGAUAUCCAAUACCGAUGAAGAGAUGAGAUUUACCGCUCACACCGUAGCCUCGAAAUCAUUGGUGUUAGUGACAAUAAAAAUGAUCGGGAAUGAAUCUUUGGAAAUAUGUGUAAAUUGUGAGAAAUUAAUCAUAGGUUCUAUCUCGUUAAACGAAUUAAAAGGCAAUUUAAAAUAAAUGAAAUAUUUUAUACUUACGAUCAUAAAUAAAUAAAUAAAUAUA